AUGGACCACGGUUCAUCUACUCGUGAAGGGAAUGUCCAGCGUCACCCAAAGGGCCUUGGCUGGCUUCCCAAUACAGCCCGCAACCAUGUCGUAGCCUGGAUUGCUGAGUUCAUUGGCACGUUCCUGUUCCUGUUCUUCGCCUUCUCUGCCACCCAGGUUGCCAACGUUGCUGCUGCUGCUCUCAAGGAUGAGGGUCCUGAGCCAGCCAGCUUCGCAGUGCCAGCUUACACAUUCUACAUUGCUGCAGCCUUUGGCUGCUCUCUCGCUGUCAAUGUCUGGGUCUUCUUUCGUGUCAGUGGUGGGAUGUUCAACCCUGCUGUCACGUUUGGGCUGGUACUCAUCGGGGCGGUUGACUUCGUCCGUGGCUGCAUCGUUAUCACCGCUCAGAUAGUUGGCGCCAUCGCAGCAGCAGGCAUCGUAUCGGUAGUGCUCACUGGUCCGUUGCCCGUGCAGACAACACUGAGUCCUGGAACUUCUGUCACCCAAGGCUUCUUCAUCGAAGUCUUUGCGACAUUCCAGCUUAUAUUCACAAUCUUCAUGUUAGCAGCUGAGAAGCACAAAGCUACGUAUCUGGCACCUCUCGGUAUUGGCUUGGCUCUGUUCAUUGCGGAGCUCGCAGCUGUACCUUUUACCGGAGGCUCAUUGAAUCCUGCUCGAUCCUUCGGGCCAAAUGUCGUUUUACGUGACUUUGCCAGCUACCACUGGGUUUACUGGCUUGGUCCAGGUCUCGGGGCUGUCUUCGCGGUCAUCCUGUAUAAGAUUGUGAAGUUUCUUGAGUACGAGACUGCCAACCCUGGUCAAGACUUUAACGACAAGGAUGCUGAAGUAGCCUCUGAGCGACAAUCUAGCGUAGGACAUGAUGGAACCAUGGACCUUGAGUCAGGACUUGGAGGUAUGGGUAAACACGAACAUGCACGCCGUCCAAGAGUCUCCACAGGAAAACCUGGAACGCCCACUGCCUCCCCAAGCAAAAUCAUAAGUAGCGUAACCAACGCUCUCUACGAGCCUGAAAGUUCGCCAACCUCGACGUCGCGGCUCCAGCCUACGCAUGACACUAUCGAUGGUCGUGAUCACAACUUUUGA